GCCACCUCCGCCAAUUCAACGGCGACCUCCGCGCAGCACGCACUCGUGCGCUCUCGAUUUACUCUCGUCUACGUUACGCGAUGCUCAUGGCGGCGAUUCAUACUUAUCAGAACCUUGGUGUUGAUCAGAAACUGACACACCUCCAAAAUCAGGCGCCUAGAAGGCUAGCACCUGCUCCGGUGGACGCGGGCCGAUGCAAGAAGAGAUCUUAUCUGCAUCAGCCCUAUCCAUCUCAACCUGCUUCAGUGGCUCGCAGGAAUGCCAGGGAAAGGAAUAGAGUGAAGCAAGUCAAUAAUGGAUUCGCAGCGCUCCGGCAACACAUACCGUCGGCAAUCUCCGCAGCAUUGGCCGGCGGGCGAGGAUCCUCUAGGAAGCUGAGCAAAGUGGACACUUUGAGACUGGCCGUGGAAUAUAUUAAAAGUUUAAAGCGCUUAUUAGAAGAGAGUGAAGAUGGAUGUUCGGACUCACAAUUAGGGAUGACCUUGACCACGAGCGGCUCUCAAACCCCACCUUCAUCUGAAGAAUCUCAUUCACCUGCCCCGUCUCUUGUUUCGGAGAGUUCAGCGGGCCCGAGUUGUCACGACGCAUACGACUUUUACGAGCCGAUGAGUCCUGAAGAUGAAGAACUUCUGGACGUCAUAUCACGGUGGCAGCAACAAUGAUUAACAAGGAACCGUGUUCUGCGGCGAUCAAAGUGCGGCCUCUGAGCGGCUUGGUGAUUAUGAAAAAACGAGUAUUCCUCAAGUGAGACCCGAACGGAGCGCGAGGGACUCUGAGACAACCUCUAAUUAACCGCAAUCAGUAUAUUCCUAAUGAGAGGGGAUAAUGGUGGACUAUAACGAAGCAUCGAUGCAUUCCGUUGGAAGACUGAACACCGAACGAAUGUUCUUACUGCAUUUCGUACAUCGAAAGAAUAACUCUACUAAGACUGAAAAUAUCACUUGUUUAUUCCAUAGGCAUUUAGUAUUACCAUAAGUGAUCAAAACACCGCUGUGCCUUAGUAUGUAGCCUAGACUACACUUCCAAUUAGAGUUUAAUUACUUCAUAAUUUAUAAUUGUUAUCUAGUCAUUAGUUAUUAAGUUUAUUAUUUUUAUGUAAAUAUGUCGCUGUUCGAAUACGAUUGAAGCAAAGACUUUUAGUGUAAUUAGAUAGCCGUAGCACCCUAAGCGAGAUUCCUAAUAAUGUAAGAAUUAUUAAAAUAGGUGUUAAUAUUUCUUUACAGAACACCAGACAACCUGUCGGUUGCAUUUGUAAAUAAAUUUUAUUAUCGAAA